GAAAGCUGUGACCGCGGCCGCCUUGAAAGAGGGCUGGGCAGCCAUCGUCAUCCAGAAGCACUGCCGUGGGUACCUUGUCCACAGUCUGUACCAGCUGAUCCGCGUGGCCACCAUCACCAUCCAGGCCUACACCCGAGGAUGCCUGGCCCGGAGGAGGUAUCGCAAGAUGCUGGAGGAACACAAGGCUGUGAUCCUUCAGAAAUAUGCUCGGGCGUGGCUGGCCCGGCGCAGGUUCCAGAGCAUCCGACGGUUCGUGCUCAACAUUCAGCUCACAUACAGGGUCCAGCGCCUGCAGAAAAAGCUAGAAGAUCAGAACAGAGAGAACCACGGGCUGGUGGAGAAGCUGACCAGCCUGGCUGCCGCUCGGGCCGGUGAUGCGGAGAAGGUUCAGAAACUGGAAUCGGAACUGGACAGGGCAGCUGCCCACCGGCGCAAUUAUGAGGAGAGGGGGCAGAGAUACAAGGCCACCGUGGAAGAGAAAUUGGCAAAGCUUCAGAAGCAUAAUUCGGAGCUGGAAGUACAAAAAGAGCAGAUACAGCGGAAGCUUCAGGAGCAGACUGAAGAGCUAAAAGGUAAAGCCCACG